CACACACACACACACACACACACACACACACACACACACACACACACACACACACACACACUCCUUAUUCGUCCACAUUGCGGUGUGAAAAUGCUCUGGUGUGGACUGUUCUUUGCUCUGUGCUUCAGCUGCAUUCCUCUUUGGGCUCUUCCUUCCACCAGCAUGAAGAUCACUCAGGUUCUGCCCCUGCAGCUUCCGGACUCGGGACAGCCGGCUGUGUGUCCACUCUUCUGGACCGAGUUUGAAGGUCACUGCUACCGGUUCUUUCCCCAGAACCGAACCUGGGCCGAGUCAGACCUGUACUGUGCAGAGUUUUCUAAUGGACACCGAUCAGGAAAACUCACCUCCAUACACAGCUGGGAUGAGAACGUGUUCGUGUACGACCUGGUGAACAGCCGUGUCCCCGGAAUCCCCACUGAUAUCUGGAUCGGACUUCAUGAUCGCAGACAGGAGGGUACGAUGGAGUGGACAGAUGGAUCAGUGUAUGAGUUUAGCUACUGGGACAGGAACCAGCCAGACGAUGGAAUCCACAGAAUCUCUGAGGAGGAGGACUGUGUGGAGAUCUGGUACAGACAGAACAGUGCACUCAGGUCCUGGAAUGACAACAGCUGUGACAAAGCUUUUCCUUUUGUGUGUAAAAUCCCCAUGCUGGAACACUAACGUCCUGCACUGAGCUCAUUAAUGAGGCACGGCCUUCACACACACACACACACACACACACACACACACACACACACACACACACGGCUGCUGAAAGCAACGUCCAUCUGUGCUUCAUUUAAACUAUUGACUCAUUUCAUCUCACAUUCACAGUAUUGCAUAAGUAUUCACCCCCGCCCCCCCCCCCAACCCUGGAACUGAGUUGGAAUUUAUUGCAGGAAUCUACACAGAACACGCAGAAAUGCCAAAUCAGUGGAGUUUGUGUAAAUAAUUUACAAAUAAAAACAAAAACAAUUUGUAUAUGA